ACUUUUGAGCCGGUAUGAUCUGUGCCUUCCGCAGCACAUGAGCAGCUGCACCGAUGACGCUGCUGUUCAAAAGCUAGAGGUUCUCUUGCGACUGUGCUUUCGGAGGACACACCGUUGGUAGAGUCGUGGCCGUCCUCAGCCAGGUGCCAACGGCGGCGAUGUUGUCUCCGGCUCAAGUGGACACGAGCCACGAGGUCCCAUCGAAGGCGCGGCGCGCUCUCGUCUCAAACGCCGCUCGUGCGCGGCCGGGACUCGCGGUGACGUCACGGGAGUGGGCGGCCGGGACUCGCGGUGACGUCACGGGAGUGGCGCAAGGAAAUCCGAGAGAUGGGGGACGUGCGGGAGCCCACGCUCCGAGAGACCGCAAAGGCCGACGAACGGUGUGAUGACAGACGGCCACAGGCAGCCUGAUCAGAAAGCAUGGUGCUCCGGCUCAGUGGCAAGGUAAGAGCGGACAGACCCGGCGGCACCAGGGUGUGGCUCUCAUGUCAAACCAUCACCACCAUCAUCAUCACCAUCAUCAUCAUCACCACCACCAUCAUCAUCAUCAUCGUUUACCAGUGGUGGAGCAAAGAGUCAGACCCCUCACUUAGGGGCAACAGAGCCACAGGGUGGUGAUCUUUGUGGUCAUCUUCAUCCUGAUGACGCUCCUCUUCCUGUACGGCUCCAACAACAGCAACAACGACAUCUUCACGCCCAUCCACGUGGCCGCGUAUCACCCGCUCAAGACCACGGACCUGAAGAAGUGGGCUGGGAAAGACGGUUACGUGCCAUUUCAUGGGAACAAGAGUAUGACCCUGCGCUGUCACCACUGCGCGCUGGUGACGAGUUCCAGCCACGUGCUUGGGAGUCAAGCGGGCGAGGAGAUCGACCGCACCGAGUGCGUGAUUCGCAUGAAUGACGCCCCCACGCUGGGCUACGAGGCCGACGUCGGCAGCCGCACCUCCCUGAGGGUCGUAGCACACUCCAGUGUGUUCAGGGUGGUGCGCAGGCCGAACGAGUUCCUACAACGCAUGGACAGCAACCCCGUGGUCAUAUUCUGGGGGCCCCCGAACAAGAUCGGGAAGGACGCCAAAGGAACUUUGUUCAGGCUGAUCCAGAGGGUCAGCAUGACCUUCAGCAACCUGUCUUGCUUCAGUAUCAUACCCAGCAAGAUGCGCAGAUUCGACAGUCUCUUCUACAAGGAGACGGGACGAGAUAGACAAAGAUCUCACUCAUGGUUGAGCACCGGCUGGUUCACGAUGGUCUUAUCGAUCGAGAUAUGCGACAACAUCAAAGUUUAUGGGAUGGUUCCACCCAAUCACUGCGGAAGAAAACCUGGUUCCAGAAAGACACCCUAUCAUUACUACAAGCCCAGAGGUGCUGACGAGUGCGUGACAUACAUACAGAACGAGAGCGGCCGCAGAGGGAACCACCACCGCUUCAUCACGGAGAAGCAGGUGUUCGCUCGCUGGGCAAAGCAGUACAACAUCACCUUCACUCAUCCCAACUGGCCAGAGGACAGAAAAGCCUACAGAGAUCUCACAGAGGAGUGAAUGACUGGGCCUUCAAAUAGCCACAUGAUGUACGGCAGCUUUUUUAGGGGGGGGGGGGGGGGGGGGGGGGAUUUAAAAAAACAUAUAUAUAUACACAUUUGUUCAUUUGGAACAAAUGACUAUGGAGAUUUAUGGAAAUGUGUUCUGUUGCAGAAACUCCCUUUUGAGAGCUUUCUGAACUACUUCCACAUGGACACAUGGCAGCCGUGGGUUUGUUGUUUUUUGUAGAUUGAAAAGAAAAAGACUUUAAAGAUAGGUUUAUACAGGUUUACAAUAUUUUUUGUUAUGUAUUGAACAUGCACUAAUGUUCCCCGUGUUGACGGAGGAUGUAUCUGCAAGUAUUCUAAUUAGAUAUCCAACAAAGUAUACUAUAUAGCUCUUGUCCAUAACACAAAGAAUAUAUUCUAUAGUAUCUACAGUCAUAUUCAAAAAUCAUAACAGAUCCUGAAUCCAAACCAAGAAACCUCUACAUACUUUUUAUUUAAAAUAAACCAAACUAAUCAUUAUUUAAUGACCUAAAACAAAGAAUCUGUACAAUAUUUAAAUAGAAGACAAAACAUUUUGAUUUAAAUUCGUAAAUAGAAAAUAUGUAAUCUUGACUUCUCAAUCUGACAAAGUAUUCAAUGCUUAUUUACAACACAUUUUUUUAUACUUGGUGCUAAAGCGACAUUUCAGUACUCUAACUAUUGCGGUGUAACAAGGAGACCACAAAAAGCUCACAGCUACAUUAAGCUUGAGUGACUUCAAACAAUUACACCACCGUCAAUGCGUCGUAUUAUUCUUGUUUGUAAUAUUCCGACAUAUUCAGAGUCCAGAAAUUUACAAUGAGUAACUAAAUUCUGGAGAUAUAGAUGGUAUGUUUGUGAAAAGGGUGAUACACCCUCACUUUGGAGAUUAAUAUAUAUCUAUUCUUUUGGGCUUUUGCUGCCUUAGAUGUUGAUUUUAAUGUUUUACAAGAAAAUUAGAACGUGAACAUAAACCUGUUGCCUCAUGAUUCAACUAUUUUUUUUAACCUCAAUGGCUUUCCAGUGCAUGCAGCUUUAGUUCACGGCUGUGUUGUGUCAGUCUGUGGCUGCACAAUUAAACUUAAAGUAAAAUUACAACCGCUAACUUUAUUUAGAUAUUAGCCCCCCAAAAAAGAAGAUAAUUUUACAUGAUGCUAAUAUUUUAGAACUGUGAACCAUAAAGAUCAAAGCAGUUUUUUCAGGAUACGACAAGCACAAGCUCAGUUUCUUAUAUUUUGUCCACCAAGUUUUAGACACCUGUGAAUUUAACACAAAAAAGUUGAUCAGCAGCACAAACUAUAGUCUUCAAUCUGACCAGAACGUUGAAUCAACACCUCUCUCGAACAUUAUAACCUUAAUGAGAGAAGGCUUUAUUACAAUAGGGGAAAAUAUUUACCUCUAUGAAAAAGGUAUAGAUGCAUGCAGCAUGCAUUGCCACUAGAGUGUGAUAGUAUCUAGAAGACAAUCAGAGAGCGGUAAACGCCAGUAGUCUCGCAGAAAACUUCUAUUUUUCAGAUAUUGCUAAAAGCAGAUGAACCACUCUCUCUUAAUUCAUAUUAGAGGUCGACCAAUAGGGCUUUUUUCAGGUGAAUACCGAUUAUUACUAAUCUAAGAGACCGAUAACUGAUAUUUGUCUGCAGUAAAAAAAAAAAAGUGUCAAAGGGCGUCAAUGAAAUGUCUUAAAGCAUAUCUUAAAUUCACAUGACCUUAACCCAAAAACGUGCAUGGAGCUAUCUGCAGCAUUAUUAUGAAGUUGAACAAACAAACAUUGCUUAAGUCCAAAGAGUAAGUACUGGUAAUCAUAAAAAUGUUGAAUAUCUGCCCCCUAUAUGGACUCAUUUGCGCAAAAACCUGAAUCAGACUCUGGAUUGUCUUGAUGAAAGUUUAAAUAAUAAUUUCAGUGCCAUUCGUUUGUCCAUGUUGUGCUUUGUCUCGAUACAGUUUUCCAUGAAAUGUUCUGUACCGUUGAAAACCAGUGAUCUGCUUUGAAACAAUACAAGUCAGUACAAACUC